UAUUUUCUAUUUUCAGGUAUAUGUGAUGUGGAAUGGGCUUUAAUCAUUGGAGAAAUUCAAUCAGAUGGAAGAAGCUAUGGCCUGCACACCCAGAGAUUAUUCAGAGAGUCUUUUAUUCUCGCUAUGGCAGGAGAGAACUGGAAGGGAGAGUGUUGGGUAUCCGACGAGAGGACCAGAGUGUGUGGGAGAGACGAGCUCCCUUUUCCCCCCAUCAAGUACGGAAACUCGUGCGGGCUGGAGCCAAAGUCCUCGUGCAACCAUCCAAUCGGCGGGCAUACCCCAUGCAGGAUUAUGCAGCUUCUGGAGCCAUCAUCAAGGAAGACAUCUCAGAGGCUCCAGUUAUUGUGGGAGUGAAGCAAGUCCCCAUUGAUGCCUUGAUCCCACAUCGAACAUACUGCUUCUUCUCACACACUAUCAAGGCUCAGGCUGAAAACAUGGCUCUCCUUGAUGCCAUACUAGAAAAGAACAUCCGCCUUGUUGACUAUGAGAAAAUGGUAAAUGAAAGGGGGGAGCGUGUGGUUGCAUUUGGCAAAUAUGCUGGAGUGGCUGGAAUGAUCAACAUUCUCCAUGGCCUGGGAUUACGUCUCUUGGCCCUUGGUCACCAUACACCCUUCAUGCACAUAGGUCCUGCCCACAACUACAGAAAUACUGAAAUGGCCAAAGCAGCAGUACGAGAUGCUGGGUACGAAAUUUCCCUUGGGAAUCUCCCCAAAUCACUUGGAGCUUUAACUGUUGUAUUCACCGGCUCAGGAAACGUGUCACAAGGUGCUCAGGAGAUAUUCCGACAGCUACCCUAUGAAUACAUUCCACCUCAGAUGCUGAAAAAAGUGGCUGAACAUGGUGAAAUAAACAAGGUAUAUGGCUGCGAAGUGAGCCGCCCUGACCAUUAUGUGCGUAAAGAUGGGGGGCCAUUCGAUCCUGAUGACUUUGAAGCUCAUCCAGAGAACUACUAUUCUUCAUUCAGCAAGAAGAUUGCCCCAUAUGCUUCAGUGAUAGUGAAUGGGAUUUACUGGGCGCCAAACUCUCCACGUCUUUUGUCAAUUCCAGAUGCUAAGAGCCUUUUGAGGCCAGCAUACACACCAUGGCUCCCAAGCUCGCCUGGCUCUCCACAACUCCCUCACCGACUCCUUGCCAUCUGUGACAUAUCAGCUGAUCCUGGUGGUUCAAUUGAAUUCAUGGAUGCAUGCACCACCAUUGACACACCCUUUUGCCUCUAUGAUGCAGAUCAGCAUACAAACUCUGAAAGCUUCAAAGGUCCCGGUGUCUUGGUGUGUUCUAUUGACAACAUGCCUACCCAACUGCCUCGAGAAGCAACGGACUUCUUUGGAGGUCUUCUCUUCCCUCACAUUGGAGAUAUCCUUAAGUCAGAUGCCACUGCAUCUUUUGAGCCAAGCCAGCACUCACCGGCUGUGGCCAAAGCUGUGAUUGCAAGCAAUGGGAAGCUAACCCCAGACUUUGAGUACAUAUCUGAACUCCGGGCAUACAACAGGAUCAUAUCUUUUGAGACUGAUCUUGCGGCUCUCACAUUGGUCCUUAAGGACUUGGGAAGGGAGAUCUUUCCACACAAGUCAAAGGGGCAGAGGUACUACAGGGUUUCUCUUACUAGGUCUCGGCACAAGUCAGCCAUGAAGGUGAGUGAGACGCAGCAUACGGUGUUGAUGCUUGGAGCAGGACAUGUGAGUGCUCCAGUUGUGGAGUAUCUCACACGGGAUUCUUCAAUUCGCUGCAUUGCAGCCAGUGCCCUGAAGGAUGAGGCAGACACACUGGCCUCUCGUUUUCCCAACGUGGAACCAAUUCUUCUUGAUGUGCAGGAUCGGCAGGAUCUCCUCAGUUCGAUGGUGCAGAGUGCUGACAUUGUCAUCAGCCUCUUGCCCUACUCUCUUCACCCAUUAGUGGCUAAGAAGUGCAUUGAGUACAAGAAGAACCUUGUCACAGCCUCCUACUGUACUCCAGAAAUGCAUGCCCUCCAUGACGAGGCAGUAGCUGCAGGGAUCACAGUACUCAAUGAGGUGGGAUUGGACCCUGGAAUUGACCAUCUACUUGCCAUGGAAAUUAUUGAUGAAGUCCACAACAAUGGUGGGAAAGUGGAGUCAUUUACAUCCUAUUGUGGUGGAAUUCCUGCUCCUGAGUAUUCUGAUUCCCCCCUGCGAUACAAGUUCUCAUGGAGUCCACGUGGGGUCCUCCUUAAUACCCUAUCUCCUGCCAAGUAUCUAUUAGAUGGAAAGGUGGUUGAGAUCCCAAGUGGGGGUGCAUUGAUGAGUCAUGCAAAGAAAGUUGACUUCCUACCUGGCUUUGCCCUUGAGGGCUACCCAAACCGGGACAGUACCAUCUACAAGGAACUUUAUGGAAUUCCAGAGGCUAAGACUGUAUUGAGGGGUACACUUCGCUACCAAGGGUAUGCAGAGGCUAUUCGUGGCCUAUUGGCUCUGGGUCUCAUUGAUACCCAACCUCACCCCUCUCUUCAUCCCAAAGGACCUGAGAUCACUUGGAGGGAACUCAUUUGCAACCUUCUCGAGGUCCCAGAUUCCAAUUUGUUUUAUGAAAACCUAAGGUCGAAGGUCCUGGACAGGGUUGGGCCAGAACGCUGCGUGGGAGUGGUUGAGAAGUUGGGUCUCCUCUCUGAAGAUCCUGUUUUUCGACUCUCCACUCCUCUAGACAGCCUCUGCCAUUAUCUUUCCAACUUCCUUGCUUUGGAGGAGAACGAGCGAGACAUCGUAAUAUUGAGACAUGACAUCACGAUACGUUGGGGGGACCACCAGGUGGAGAAAAGGGGAGUCACCCUGGUAGAGUAUGGAGAGGCCCGAAAUAAAGGCUAUUCUGCCAUGGCCAAGACGGUCGGGUAUCCAACGGCCAUCGCGACCAAGAUGGUGCUCAAUGGUGCGGUGUCCAUCCCCUCGCCGAUGUCUGGGGAAAUCCAAGGCAAGGGGAUGAUGCUGCCGUUCUCGGCCGACGUCUAUAGACCCAUGCUGAGCCGACUACAGAAGGAAGGGAUCUGUGCACAGGAGAAAAUGGAGCAACUAGCGAUAGACUCCUCACAGGACGUGGGAGGCCCAAAGAAAAGGCAGACGACGGCAGAAGAGUGGAUGAUGGCCUUGAGGAGUUCCCUCGCCUUCAUACCCGUCCUGCGACGCCCUCGGGCAGGGCGCGUCGACCUUGCCUCCCCUUACACAGGGAGAUUGGGAGGGCUGAACGGGAGAGUGUUGGCUAUCCGACGAGAGGACCAGAGUGUGUGGGAGAGACGAGCUCCCCUUUCCCCCCAUCAUGUGUGGAAACUUGUCCGAGCAGGAGCCAAAGUCCUUUUGCAGCCAUCCAACCGACGGGCAUACCCCAUGCAGGACUAUGUAGCUGCUGGAGCCAUUGUAAGGGAAGACAUCUCAGAAGCUCCAGUCAUUGUUGGAGUGACACAAGUUCCCAUUGAUGCCCUGAUACCACAUAGAACCUACUGCUUCUUCUCACGCACAAGCAAGGCUCAGGCUGAAAAUAUGCCUCUUCUUGAUGCCAUACUGAAGAAGGUUAGAAAUUUCAUUAACAUCCGCCUUGUCGACUUUGAGAAAAUGGUGGAUGAAAGGGGGGAGCAUGUGGUUACAUUUGGCAAAUAUGCUGGAGUGGCAGGAAUGAUCAAUAUACUCCAUGGCCUGGGAUUACGUCUCUUGGCCCUUGGGCAUCACACGCCUUUUAUGCAUGUUGGUCCUGCCCAUAACUACAGGAACACUGAAAUGGCUAAGGCAGCAUUACGAGAUGCUGGGUACGAAAUUUCCCUUGGAAAUCUUCCAAAGUCACUUGGAGCAUUGACUAUUGUAUUCACUGGCUCAGGGGACGCGUCACAAGGCGCUCAGGAGAUAUUCCGAGAGCUUCCUUUUGAAUAUGUUCCUCCUCAGAUGCUGAAAAAAGUGGCUGAACAUGGUGGUGAGUCUUCUUCAUUAACUCAUUUUACUCUAAAGAUCACGGAUCAUAGAUAUGAAUGGAUUGCUACAGCUAUGAACAAGGUAUAUGGCUGUGAAGUAAAUCAUCCAGACCAUUAUGCAAGGAAAGAUGGAGGACCAUUUGAUCUUCAUGAUUUUGAAGCUCAUCCAGAGAACUACUAUUCUUCAUUCAGCAAGAAGGUGAGGUCAGACUUUGAAAUUCUACUCACUUUAUUGAUGAUAGUGAAUGGGAUUUACUGGACACCAAACUCCCCACGUCUUCUGUCAAUUCCUGAUGCAAAGAGCCUUUUAAGACCAGCCUACACACCAUGGCUCCCAAGCUCCCCUGGCUCUCCUCACCUCCCACAUAGACUCCUUGCCAUAUGUGAUGUCUCGCCUGCCCCCUUGGGUUCAAUUGAAUUCUCAGAUGUGUGCACCACAAUUGAUUCACCCUUUUGCCUCUAUGAUGCUGAUCAUCAUACAAACACUGAAAGCUUCAAAGGGCCGGGUGUCCUGGUGUGCUCAAUUGGCAAUAUGCCAACCCAGCUGCCUCGGGAAGCAACUGACUGCAUUGGAAGUCUUCUCCUUCCUCACAUUGGAGACAUCCUUCAGUCAGAUGCCUCUCAGCCCUUUGAGCAGAGCCAGUUCUCACCAGUUGUGUCCAAAGCUGUGGUUGCAAGCAAUGGGAGGUUAACACCUGACUAUGAGUACAUAUCUGGGCUCCGUGCAAACAAUAGAUCCCGGCAGAAGUCAACUGUGAAUGGAACACAGCGCACAGUGUUGCUCCUUGGAGCAGGACAUAUGCUUUCUAUAUACACCCAUUAUCUUUCCCCCACAGCUAGUGCCCUGAAGGAUGAGGUUGACAUGCUGGCCUCCCGAUUUGACAAAGUGGAGCCAAUUCUUCUCGAUGUGCAGGAGAGACCAGAUUUACUCAGCUCAGUAGUGCAAAGUGCUAAUAUCGUUGUCAGCCUCUUGCCCUAUUCCCUUCACUCAUCCGUGGCUAAAGCAUGCAUUGAAUUCAAGAAGAACCUCAUCACUGCCUCCUAUUGCACUCCAGAGAUGCAGGCCCUUCAUGACCAAGCUGUGGAUGCAGGGAUUACAGUGGUCAAUGAGGUGGGGUUGGACCCUGGGAUUGACCACCUACUUGCCAUGGAGUGCAUUGAUGAAGUCCAUGACAAAGGAGGGAAGGUGGAAUCUUAUGUGUCCUACUGUGGUGGGCUUCCUGCACCUGAGUUCUCCGAUUCCCCCCUGCGAUACAAGUUCUCAUGGAGUCCGAAAAGGGUCCUCCUCAAUGCUCUUUCUCCUGCCAAGUAUCUCCUAGAUGGAAAGACAGUUGAGAUUCCAAGUGGGGGUGCAUUGAUGAGUCAUGCAAAGAAAGUUGACUUCCUACCUGGCUUUGCCCUUGAGGGCUACCCAAACCGGGACAGUACCAUCUAUAAGGAAUUCUAUGGGAUUCCAGAGGCCAAGACUGUAUUGAGGGGUACCCUUCGCUACCAAGGCUUUUCAGAAGCCAUCCGUAGCCUCUUGGCCAUAGGUCUCAUUGAUACCCAUUCUCAUCAUGCUCUUCAUCCCAAAGGACCUGAGAUCUCAUGGAGGCAACUCAUUUGCAACCUGCUUGAGGUCCCAGACUCCAGUCUGUUCUAUGAGAAUCUGCGGUCAAAAGUCCUGGAUCGGGUUGGUUCAGAGCAUUGUGUGAGAGUGAUUGAGAAGUUGGGUCUUCUCUCCGAGGAUCCAGUCCUUCGACUUUCCACUCCUGUUGACUGCCUCAGCCACUAUCUUACCAACUUCCUUGCAUUGGAGGAGCAUGAGCAAGAUGUGGUGAUUCUUAGAAAUAACAUCACCAUAUGCUGGGGAGACCAACAGGUGGAGAAAAGGGGAAUCAACCUUGUUGUAUAUGGAGAUGCCCAAGAUAAAGGCUAUUCUGCCAUGGCCAAGACGGUUGGAUAUCCCACAGCCAUCGCGACCAAGAUGGUGCUCAAUGGUGUGGUGUCCAUCCCCUUGAUGAUGUCUGGAGAGAUCAAAGGGAAGGGGAUGGUGCUCCCAUUCUCGGCCGACAUCUAUAGACCCAUGCUGAGUCGACUCCAGAAGGAAGGGAUCCGUGUGUUGGAAAAAACAGAGCAGUAAAAGGAGCUUUUGCCCUUCCUUUUGUGCAUCCCAUCAUGCAAGGGUGGAACAAUUCAUACAUUAUGUGGAUUCAGCAGAAGGUUCUUUGAGAAACAAGUCUUGCCCUUCCUUUUCCUCCUCGUGAGGAUGUGAUAAUGUACCCUUGAAGAUCUCCAUUCAUCAUCAAACUUUCUUAAAUAAUUCUUUAAAUCCCCAGCAAAGUUUUCAUGCAAACC